AUGAAGGAGUUAGUGGCGGGGAUUCCUGAUGAGCAAUAUGGAUGCGCCGUGACUAAUCGUUUCGGACAUCUGCUCGAUGAUGAGACUGACCCGUCUGACAUCUUAAAUGCGGCAAAGGUGGAAAAACGGCAAAAGAAAAAGAAAGAGGAGCAAAAGAAAACUACCACGACGAAAACGGGAAAAAAGGAGACUCAAAGGGACAGACAAAAUGUUUUUCGCGCAGUUGGAGAUGGACAAGUGUGUCUUGCUCGUGGGGAGGUUGAGGAGCGAGUAGAGAGACGUGGAACUUUGGAGCGCAAACACUAUGGUGACACCCCCCUCAGUUUUUCAGUUGAGAGGCCUGUGGAUGAUGUGUUGGAUAGGGCUGGUAGAGGAAGAGGUACAGGAAGAGGACAUGGAGCCAGGGGCCCAGGAUAUCCAAGAUCCAGUGAUGGAUUUGAUCAGAGAGGAAAGAGGGAGUUUGAAAGACGUAGUGGCAGUGACCGAACGAGUGUCCGCUCUGAAGAGAAGCGUGGUGGUAGUGGAUCUCGGAACUGGGGUUCUAUGAGAGACCAUAUAAGUGAAAUUAAAGAGGCGACACCAAGUGAAGAGGUGGGCGAAACCGAUGAGACCCCCGAGACUGAAGAGGCUGAUGGAGAAAACAGGCCUUCUGAGAUUGAGAAUGCGAUUGAGGUUGCCAUAGAAAUGACACUGGAUGAGUGGAAGACCCUACAGGAGCAAAGCAGGCCCAAGGCAGAGCUAAAUAUCCGUAAGCCAGACUCCGCUAUGCCAUCCAAGGCCGUGGUGAUCCAUAAGUCCAAAUUCCUUGAGAAACAACAUGUCAUUGAUGAGGAUGUGGGUUUCCGCCGCCCAGCCAAUGACAUCACACGUCAGCUGGAAAUCAACUUUGGCAGCCUGACUCGGCCCUCUCGUGGUGGGAGAGGUGGUCGUGGACGUGUGGCACCUUCCAUGCCAUCCCAGAGAUCUCCUCCACAAAAAUAUGAAGUAGCUCCAAACCCAGACGAUCCAGAGGAUUUCCCUGCACUGGCCUAGUGCUCAUCCAGAGGAGUCUGAAGUUCAAUCAGGUUGCAGAACAGAGGGUAACACUGAAAUGGGCAAAGUGCACU